AUGCCUUUCGCUGAAGGUAACGAGAAGGCCGGUGAGAAGCUCUUCAAGACCCGUUGCGCUUCGUGCCACACCGUCGAGAAGGGUGGUUCGUCGAAGACCGGUCCAAAUCUCAACGGUCUCUUCGGCAGAGUUUCUGGACAAGGCACCGACUCCUUCAGCUACUCCGAUGCCAGCAAGAAGGCUGCCGUCUCUUGGGGCGAACAGACUCUCUUCGACUACCUUGAGAACCCAAAGAAGUUCAUGCCCGGUACCAAGAUGGCCUUCGGUGGUCUCAAGAAGGACAAGGACAGGAACGACUUGAUCACCUACCUCAAGAAGAGCACCUCCUAA